GUCGUUGAGAAGCCCAUGUGUGUGAUGAGUGUGUCUCAACGAUGGCGACGUGCUUCAGUAGCUGGUAGCCAAACUUAUGCACACGUGUGCUUUUUGAGACCACAUUGAUUGCAGAAGUUCUCCCACCAGCAACGAUCCGCUACCAGCUCCAGCUCGAGUGCCUGCCUCCGUUGGUGUUGCCGUCGUUGCUCCUUCCGUGGUUCCCCCUCUUCUCUCCGUCCGUACCACUUGUUGUUGUAGCCCGGCCAUGUGGCAAACCACAGAUCCCGCCUACUACCACACCGAUCUGAUUCCCAUUCAUCCCGUUCACCAGCCGGUCGGGAAAGACUGCAGUCUCUUAACACACCUACCAGCUGGAACCCCCGCUCUACCCCCCACGCAAUCCCAUCGGAUGGUUAAUAUACCGGCAGGGACCGUGGAUGGAGGACUUUUUAUGGUGCCUUAUCAUACCAUCCCUUCAACCCUCCCUCUCAUGGUUCAACCCGCUUUGCCACAAACGCCUCUCAAAGUAAACUGGGCUACAACACAAGGUUCAAGAAAGGACACUACACACCAUCAUCAUGUGUUUGUUGGGGACCUUGUUCAAGAGAUGAAAACACCUGAACUCCGAAAACUUUUUGAUGAAUUUGGAAGUAUCACAGAUGCUCGGGUUGUACGAGAUCCAGAGACUGGGAAAUCUAGAUGCUAUGGAUUUGUAUCAUUUGAACGCGAAGAGGUAAGGAGGAAUAUUAACAAUGCAGAGCUAACAAAGCAUACCAUAUGGGCACUAGUAUUCAACCCGGCACAAUUCAAUCUAUUUGGAGAAAUUCCCCCAAAUAUUUAG